UGUUUUCAGCCAGUAAGCAUUGUCAUGGAUGAGGGUAUGGCCUGGUCCAGGGUAUCUCAUCUGCAUUGCACAUUGGGCUGCCAGAUUCAUGGGAAAAGGCAAAAAAGGACAUCUGAGAGCAUCCCAAAAUUGGGUUACAAUACAUCAGAGCACAGGCACAGAAUCAUGGCAGCAAGCAGGUGAAUUUGUCCUGGCUGCAGGAUGGAUGAAGCAGACAUUAAUGAUUUUGCACCUUUUUCAUUGAUCUCCUGCCCAUGGCAGAAACAGCGACCUCACUCUAUCCCUUUGGCGUGGAAGGAGGGGACCAAGAGUACGUCCGGAGGACGGUGGAUUUUAACUCACCCCUGUUCAAGCCAGAAAUUGGAUUUCCCUUUGGGAAGUCACUGCGAGAUGCUCUCUAUUUUACAGAUAAUGGACAGAUCAUUUUUCCACCCACGGACAACUAUGUUCCAUCCAACCCCAACUCCCCUCCCUGGGGCUUCACUGGCCGGGAGAGCCUGCCAAUGGUGGCUGCCUUUUGGGCUGAUGCAGACUUUUCCAAGGGUGUUGGCACCACCUGGUACCAGGAGUACUCUACACUUAGCUCUGCCCAAGACCCUGUUGUCCAAGAUGUGGAAGCAAAGAUUGAGAAAUACCUGAAAAUCUCCUAUAUAGCAAAAUGGACCUUGAAGGUGACGUGGGAGAAAGCUCCAGCAUACCCAUCCCAGAGGGAUGACACUCAGACAAGCACCUACCAGGCAGUGCUCACCACGGAUGGGAGCCGCUCCUUUGCCCUGCUGCUCUACCAGGAUGGUGGGAUGCGCUGGGACUACACCAAGCUGGCUGCAGCCAACGUGCUGAUCGGCUUCUCCAGCGGCAAUGGCUAUGCCCAAAACAACAAGCUGACUCAGAGGCCGCCAGCUGUCAAGUACCGACCAGACCAGCACAGCAGCACCGGCUCUGAUGUGCGUGGGCUGUGGAUUUACAGACUGGACAGUCGCUCCCGGGUGAAUUACAGGCUGCAGUGCCUGGCGUGGCUGGACGCAGAGCCAGCGCCGGCCACCUGGAACAGCCAGCUGCCACCAUGCCCCUGCUCCCGCCCCCAGGCAGAGCUGGAUCCCCGCUACCACUGGAGCAGAGGUGCCAAGGACGGCCCCCCCAGGACCAGCUGCAGGGCGGGGGCAUGGUCCCCUCCUGCUCUGGGGGCAGCCAUGAUCCCCCCUGCUAUUUCAGGCACAGAGGACACCUCUGUGAGGAUGCUGCGCACUGUGUCCCCCAGCCCAGCUGGAGCUGGGGUACGAUGUCUGUACCGAGGCGGGAGCUUGCUCGAAGGCUGGCAGGAGAGAGCAUGGAGCCUCCCCUUCCACACUGCCACUGACAGGGAGCUGGAAGCAUUUGACUGGUGCUGCCGACGUGUCGGGAAGCCCCUGUUCUGUGUCAGGUUUGCUGAGAAGAGACCAAGGGUUGGCUGUGAAGGAUAUGUGCCACCCACCCCCGCUGGUGCCUUUGGGGACCCUCAUAUUACCACCCUGGAUGGACUCACCUACACCUUCAAUGGGCUUGGGGACUUCGUCCUGCUGCUGGCCAGUCAUGCCCAGACCAGCUUUGUUUUGCACGGGCGCACAGCACAGACUGGCAUGGCCCAGGCUACCAACUUUGUGGCCUUUGCUGCUCAAUAUAUCUCCAACACCACCACAACAGUUGAGUGGUCCUUGGGGAGCCAGAAUGACAUCCAAGUCCUCCUGAACAAUGAAACCAUCCAGUUUUCCUAUUCCCAAGACAUGGGUGAUGAGGUCUACUACAGCCCUGGUGUCCUGCUAGUCAACACCUCCUCUGUCACAGCUGUCUUUGAUGGGACCAUUGCUGUCUCUGUCUCAGCCACCUCUGGGAUCCUCAGUGUGGUCUGCAGCCUGCCUGACUGGUACCGCAACAGCACCAGGGGCCUCCUGGGUGUGUGGGACCGUGACCCUACAGAUGACUUCCAGAUGCCAAAUGGUACCAGUAUCCCUAUGAACAGCAGUGAGGAGGAGAUCUACAGCUAUGGGAUGACCUGGGCUGUUGGGGAGCACAGCUUGUUCGCUCAGCCUCUGGACUCACCAACACUGAACUUCACACCCUUCUUCUUGUCUCGGCUGCGGCAGGAGAAUGAAAGCCAGUACCAGCUGGCAGCCUUGCAGUGUCAUGGCAGCAGGGAGUGCAUCUAUGAUUCGCUGAGCACAGGGAGCUUGACCCUGGGCCUGACCACCCAGAGCCUUGCAGCCGACUUCCAGCAGAGGAAGACAGCUCUCAAUGCCUUCCCUCCUGUCAUCACUGGUGAUGCAUCAAUCACAGCCUUCAGGACAGAGAAGGUCAAAAGACAGUAUCAUGCCUUGGGGGCAGGUGCAAGCUUCAUUCCCUAUCUCUCACCAGAGCUCAACAUAUCGGAGAAUGGCACCCUGAUAUGGGAGCCCCGUGGGAUAGCCCCAUUCACCAUCAGCCUGGAGGCUGUUGGGUCCAACAACAUCUCUGCACUCCUCCAGCUCCGCUUCACCCUUUGCAGAUGCAGCAGGAGCCAGGAGUGCGAGUACAGCAACACUGUCACUCUCAGGGGGUCUUCCUUGCAGCUGGCAGCCUGCAGAUGCGAGAGCGGCUACUCAGGUCCCUUCUGCCAGAACCCUCCGGACCCCUGCUCCCAGGGAUGCUUCCCUGGUGUGGGAUGUGACCCUUUCAGUGGCUGUGGUCCCUGCCCACCUGGCCUGACAGGGGAUGGACAGCACUGCUCAGAUAUCGACGAGUGCGCACAGGGGGUGGAGUGCCUGGGGAACAGCACCUGCACCAACACUGUGGGCAGCUACAUCUGCUCCUGCCUGGCUAGUGAGCAGGGUGAGAGGCCAGGCUGUGGCUCAGCAUGCGGCUACCACUCCUGCCCUGAGGGCUACUGCAGCAAUGGGGGACACUGCCACCUUCACCCCAUCACCUGUGCCCCCACCUGCACCUGCCCUCCAGCUUUCACUGACCAGCGCUGCCAGGUGGCAGGGGGGGAUUUUCAGCCACUGCCCAGCACAGGUCUCCCUCAGAGAAGUAUCCAGAUGAGGAUCAGGACACUGCAAAACACCACUGCUGAGGAAGUCAACAGCACUGUCUCAGCCAUUCUGGAUUCCCUGGAGGUAAAGGCUUUCCAGAGCAACACCAACAUCACCCAGAUGACAGACAGCGAUGGCUUCACCUUCGUGGUGGUGUCGGAGUUUGCCUAUGACAGCCGCAGCACCAUCAUCCGCUUCCUGAACGAGGAGCUGCCCGCAGCCAUCACCGGCGCCUUCAAUGGACGGCGGGGGCGACGGGAGGUGGGCACGGGGCUCCUCUUCCAGCGCCUGCACCAGGACAACAUCACCGACCUGGUGAAGUUGACGGUGGAUGAACUGAGGGACUAUUUCCCCUGCACUCUGAAUGGCUACAAAGGCUACCAGCUCCACUAUGUGGGGACCAUUGGCUUUGUCUGCAUCUCCCCUUGCAAGAUGGGCUACUGCCAGCACGGUGGCCAGUGCCAGCACCUGCCCGAGGGGCCCACGUGCAGCUGCCUGCCCUUCUCCAUCUACUCCCCGGCGGGCGCUCAGUGUGAAUGGCUGGCCAUCAGCCUGGCUGCCUUCCUCGGCAUCCUGCUGGGAGCCCUGGCUCUGCUCUGCCUCCUCUUUGCCAUCGCCUGCCUGGCCCUGCACCUCUGUCGCCAGCACCGCCAUCAGCACCGGGGGACCAAGGAGACCUUGUGGAGGACACGGCCCUUCUCCUCUUUAACGAUGGCAGGAGAACAAGCAGAACCCACCCUCUCCCACUCCCUGGAAAGGUGUUGGAAACUGCAGCUCCAGGCCAUUGACCCCUCAGUCCAGAUAAGAAUCCAGAGACCUCACGUUGUGCCUCCAAGCCAAUCCCCCCAGCAGCCCUAACCUGCCACUGGUCCUCUUCUGGCACCUCCAGGCUCACGGAGGAGCCAGACACUGCUGCCUGCUCCACUGCUUGCUUUCAAGGUCUCCAGCAUCAGCCACACAUGGAAGCAGGGGACAGACAGCUGCCUUUUGGGUUCUGGGAGGAUUCACUCCAGAGAGGGUGCUUUUUUGAAUGUGUGUUUAUGUUGAGUGACCAAAGCAGGAGAAUUUCACCUUCCCUUGAGGACCUGCAGAGACACCGGGGAUCAUCCUUGAACGUGUCUGCACCAGGGUAUGUGCUAGUGCAAUAUAACCAGACCCUGCAAAGCCCCUGAGAGCAGGGUCAGGUGGGGCAAUGCAGUGAUUGUAAUCCCUUACAAAUCAAAUAGAAUA